AUGAGCAAAACAAAACAAAACAACUAUCUUUAUAUAUAUAAUAAUUUAUCGAUGGGAAAUGAAAAUAAUAUUAAUUUUAUUCCUUCAAGUAAUAAAGAAAUUACAAACCCAUUGGAUAUUUCUCUUCCAAAUCUUAUCUUAUCGAAGAUCUCAAGAUAUGCUAAAAAAAUAAACUGCUAUACAAAUAAUUCAAUUUUUUGGAUAAAUAAAAAAAAUGAAAAUAACAAAAUUGAUAACGAUUAUUUUUCAUGCCCCCAAAAAAAUUAUUAUUCUGUCAUAAAAAUAAAAUCAAAUAUUUUUCAUUCGUUUAAAAAUGUGUGUAACCAAAGUGGUUGCAAAAAAAAAUAUUGUAAUAUUUAUAAUUUAAUAAAAACUAAAUCAAUAAAAUCGAAAUUGUUCAAAUUAGACAGAAACAAAACUAAUUAUUUUAAGAAAAAAAGAGAAAAAGAGAAAAAUAUAUUUUAUAAAAAAAAAAAAUUAUAUUUUAACAAAAAACACCAAAAAAAUAAAUCAAUACACAAUGAAAAAACUGAUAGGAAUUAUAGUUAUUUCCCUUGUAUUCAUUUAAAAAAAAAAAGUGACAUCAAAUAUUCUUUUCCUUCAGAAAACCAAAAUAAUUAUAUGACUUAUGACAAUUUUGAUGACAAAAACAGCGAAAAUGGAAAAAUAAAAUACAUUAACCAUUUCCAAAUAUUUGAAUAUAAUAAAUCUGAAGAAAUAAAUAAACAAAAGUAUAUAAAUUCUAUAUCACUUUCAAUUAAAAAACAAAAAAAAAAAGUAUACUCAUUAGAAAAAAAUGCAUGCCGAAUUUUAGAUAUCAUAGAACUUUUAUUAUAUAAAAGAAUGGAUGAAAUAUUUACUUUAAAACAAAAUAUGUCAAAUCAUGAUAAAUAUAAAGAAAUAUAUCCGGAUAUUUUUUAUUUUGAUAACAAUGAUGAUCUUAUUGAAACUAUGGAUAAAAAAUUAAAAUUUUUGCCAAAGAUUCCAGUUAUUAAAAAUUUAGUACCUUAUUUUGGUCCUUCCCCUGAAAACAUUUUUGGAAAAUAUUAUUCCUUAUAUAAAUAUAAUUACAAACUAAUUGAUAUUAAAUUAAAAAUUUAUAAAAUUCCGAAUUUAUUCAAUCAAUUCAUAUUUUGUGGUAAAUACACACCAUUUGACAAUUAUAUUAAAUUCAGCAUUUAUAAUCAGAAUAGACAAAAUUGUAAAAAUUAUUUACAAAAAUAUGAUUAUUUUUUCACGCACAAUAAUUUUCGAAAAGCAUACAAAAUAAAAUCAACAAAAGCUAAUUGUAAAAUAUCCUUUUUAAAUUCUAUUACAAAUUCAAACAAAAAUAUAAUUCAAAAUAACCAAACCGAUUUCGUUAAAAUAAAUAAAAUACCACCAGAUUUAAUACAAAUUUUGAAUUACAAAAUUCUAAAAUUAGCCCAAAAAAGAGAGUCAACAAUACAUCUAAUUACAUCAUAA